AAAGGUGGAGAAGGCGGAAGUGAGCAGAUUGCGGCUGUGGAUCAGAAAUAAACAAACGCUAAGAUUAACAGUGUUGUAGUUUAUUAUUCACGGACACAGGCAUGGACGAUACACUGUUCCAGUUAAAGUUCACAGCGAAGCAGCUGGAGAGACUGGCGAAGAAAGCUGAGAAGGACUCGAAGGCUGAGCAGGCCAAGGUAAAAAGGUUUGCUCUCCAGCAGAAGAACGUGGACUGUGCACGUGUGUAUGCUGAGAACGCCAUCCGUAAGAAGAAUGAGGGGGUGAACUGGCUGCGUAUGGCGUCACGUGUCGAUGCCGUGGCCUCUAAAGUCCAAACCGCCGUCACCAUGAAGGGGGUGACGAAGAACAUGACCCAGGUGACGAAGGCUCUGGAUAAAGCUUUGAACUCCAUGGACCUGCAGAAGGUAUCUGCCGUCAUGGACAAGUUUGAGAGUCAGGUCCAGAAUCUGGAUGUACACACUUCAGUGAUGGAGGACUCGAUGAGCUCAGCCACCACCUUGACGACGCCGCAGCAGCAGGUGGAUGAUCUGAUUGUGCAGAUUGCGGAGGAGAGCGGGCUGGAGGUGAUGGAUCAGCUCAGUGAGCUUCCCGCAGGAGCCUCCGCCCUUGGGGAGACUUCAGCCAGGACACAGGACAAAGAGGACCAGCUGUCCCGCAGGCUGGCGGCUCUGAGGAACUGAUCAUCACUGUCCUGUUCCUGAAGAGCUGGAAAGAGAACCUGCUGAUGAUUGAGUGAUGAUGAAGAGCGCUCACUGAUGCACUCCACUUCUUAUUCUGGACUUGACAGGAUACUGAUUUAUAUUUUUAAUCCUACAUGCAAGAUGUAAUGAUUAUAUAUAUAUAUAUAUAUAUAUAUAUAUAUAUAUAUACACACACACCUCUCUCACACACACACAGUCAGUACUUUGGGUGUCUGAUAAUCAUAUUACACACACUGCUGAAAACAAUCUCCCAUUGUUUACACACAAACUAAGGAGUGUGUGUGUGUGUGUGUGUGUGUGUGUGAGUGUGGUUUUUUUUUUCUGGAUAUACACUUCCUGUAACAGAAGCAUCCCAAGCCCAUUUUACUUAAGUGUGCACAGUACACACACACACACACACACACACACACAGGUAGGCUGUAAAUUCUGCACACUGAUUAGUUUCCAUGAAUUCCAUUCAGUCUCCAGUAGAGGAGUGUAAGAGGGCAUCGCUGCACACGUUGUUAUUUGUGGUGGAUGAUGUGAGUCCUAUCUGGUGACUUGUCCAGGGUGAACCCCGCCUCUCGCCCACAGUCAGCUGGGAUAGGCUCCAGCUCGCCCGCAACCCUGCACAGGAUAAGCAGCUACAGAUGAUGGAUGGAUGUGAGUCCUGUACCCGCUCUAAUGAACACUACUGAAGUCAUACAGAAUGCAGUUACUGAGCUCUGCCCCUUUUUAUAUAUAUAUACACACACACACACACAGGUGCUGGAUUGUAUUAGUAUUGAAGUUAAAGCUCUUAGUGUUGUUCUGCCUUACUACACCACACACACACACUUCCUCAUCCUGCUCGUUUAUUUUCCUCCUCUUCCUCAGUGCCUGAAUCAGAUAUCAGUGUGUGUAGAGCCCACGCAGCACCGUGGCAUUGUGGGUAUGGAGACCUGUCAUCAGCACAGCUGUGUCUCUCUCUCUCUCUCUCUGUCUGUCUGUAUGUGGUUUUUAUUUGUUUAUUCUGAGGGUUAUUUAUACGCUGCCGCUUUUCUCUUUUGGUUUUGUACAGUUACACAGAUACAGUGUGGGAAUAAAAUGAGACUCUGAUAAUACCA